UUGAUCGACGCUGGAAUAGAAAACUGAGUGGAAGACAUUUUGAAAGUGGCUGCCUUGCAAUGACUGAAUCCACCAUCCAGAAUCUUUUCUCCAAGACGGUUCUUCACGCGUAGGGUUCUUCUGUCUGGCGCCAAGAAACUUCCUUUUCCUUAGCAGCAACUCUCCCAACACAUUCAUUUUUUUUACUAUAAGUCUUUGCUUUUGGUCAUCUUUUUACCAUUUAUGACACACUUUCUGCACACGGGAAAAAUAAAAAGUUGUCGCAAUCAGCAACAUUUCAUGGUCAACAACGGUAAAAGCCGUCCUUUUUGAGGUUGGAUCCUGCAAGAAGGAAAUAUCCUUUUCUUGAAUCUUAAUUUGGAGCUCCAGUUUGUGUUUUCACUUGGAGGGUGAUUGAUGCUUCGACACCUACCCAAGAUUUUGUUUUGUUUGGAGUUGUUUUCUGAUUGAUGCAUGUGGUGGGGUUUGGCUGGACUUGAUCUGAAUCGAUAAAAGUUUGAAGCUUUGGAGAGGGGCAAGUAUUUUUGGUGUUAGCUUUCGGUCUUUUUGUUUGAUCUUGAAGUUUUGGUUUUUGCUGCAACUCUUGGUUGGUCUUGACGGAUUCACCUCUGUAAGGUACCGAGUGGGGUUCUGUUGAAGAAUUGAAGUGGUUUUGAGCUGGAUUGUGAAAAGAAGGUUCUUUUUUUUCUUGGGGCUGUUUGUCGGCCAUGAAGGGAUUGGAGGGGGAUUUUGUCCUUUGGUGAAAUGAAAAGCAUAUCAAACACUUGGAAUGGGAAUUCAAAAACAUAUGGUUAACGUAAAGGCUAGCUUAGGUGUUCUUGUGGUUCUUCUUCUUGUAGCAGCAGUCAGUCCUUUGGAGAAGAAGGAAACAGAAGAUGAUUUUGUUAGAAAGUUACUUGAUCCAGCAUCUGGGUUGUUCGAUGAACACACGGAAAAAGUCUUAUGGAAAUAUUGCAGGAAAGGUUUAUUUCAUUUAGUGAAAGAUGUUGAGAAUCAUGAUUUGUGUCUUUCAUGGGAAUUAUCUGGCAGCGCCAAUAUAAUCAGCUCAGAGAUUCAACCAUUAGAACGAGAAGAGACCAAAAAAUUUAUCAAUGCUUACUGUUCUCAAUUCAAGGACAACAUUCUUCACUGUUUGAGAAAAGAUAAUCCCCCAUUACCUGAUUCAGGAAAAGAGGAUGAUUCCAAUAUUUGGCAUGUCACUUAUAUGGCACCACUUUUUUCCAGAUCCAGUGCUCCUACGAGAAAUUUUGGUCGUAUUUUGCUCCAGCACAUAUCAGAACCACCUAGUCCAGGCCCUGCACCUAGUUUAGCACCAUCUUCUGAACCCAGUCCAGCACCAUCUUCUGAACCCAGUCCAGCACCAUCAUCUGAACCCAGUCCAGUACCAUCACCUCAUUCUCCUCCAGUACAUAAUCUUCCUAGACCACUGCAACCUUCUGCACCAACACCCUUUUUUCCAAAAUUGACACCACCAGCAGCUUCAGAUAUUUCUGCUCCUCCAUCUCCGGAAGUUGACAAACAGGAAGAUAGUCACAGUAAUAAAAAAACAGUUGUUCUUGCAGUAGUUAUAACUGCAUUGGUGACAUUUAUAGCUGCAGCACUGCUCUUUUUAUGCUGGAGGCGGCAUCAGAGGACUGGCCAUGUUAGACUAAAUGAUGAUAGGCCUCUUCUCAGCUUGAGCAUGAGUGACUACUCUGUUGGUCCUUCCAGUUUUUCUUUUGUGAAUUCAAUGAAAGGGGAGAAACCUGGGUUUCAGUCAGCUAGUAAUAGUUUAGUAGACAAUAAGUAUACUGUGCAAGAAAGUCAAUCAAUAGGAGUUCAUAAUGCUGCUACAGGGUCACCAUUUGAACUGAAACCUCCUCCCGGGAGGAUGGGAAUCAUUCCUUCUGGAAUGCCUCCCUUAAAGCCUCCACCAGGAAGGUUAAACCCUCCUCCAGGCAGAUUAAACCCGCUUCCUCCUGAGCCACCUUCAUUUAGGCCUUUGGAUGCUGCAGCUCCUCCAGCAUCUACCACUACUGUUGCUGCAGUUCCUCCUCCUGCCCCUCAAAAGCCUGCUAGCAUUCCACCUACUCGACCACCUCAACCACCAAUGGGUGCCAAACCUAGCCCACCUCCACAAACACUAGCUGGUUCCAGACCAGGUCCUCCUCCACCACCUCCAGCACUAGCUGUUUCCAGACCUGGUCCUCCUCCUCCACCACCCCCGGCACCAGCUGCUAUUAAACCUGGUCCUCCUCCACCACCACCACCCCUAGUACCAGGUGGUUCCAAACCUGGUCCUUGGCCACCACCACCACCACCUGUUAAUGGCGUAGCUCCUCCUCGACCUCCUCCAUUUGGCUCAAAGGUGCCCCAGCCUUUGGCUAGUGGAUCAAAAGCUACAGUUGCAAGUGAAGUUGAUGCUCCCAAAGCCAAGCUAAAGCCCUUCUUCUGGGAUAAGGUUCAAGCAAACCCAGAUCAAUCAAUGGUUUGGAAUCAAAUCAAAUCAGGAUCAUUCCAAUUUAAUGAGGAAAUGAUAGAGACACUUUUUGGCUAUAAUGCUGUGGAUAAGAACAAUGGUCAAAGACAGAAAGAGUCUUCCUCUCAAGACCCUUCACCUCAGUUUGUCCAGAUUAUUGACAAAAAGAAAGCACAAAAUUUAUUGAUUCUGUUGCGAGCAUUGAAUGUGACAAUGGAAGAAGUUCGCGAUGCGCUUUAUGAGGGACAUGAGCUACCCCCAGAGUUCCUUCAAACUUUGCUAAAGAUGGCACCAACAUCAGAUGAAGAACUUAAGCUCAGACGUUUUAAUGGUGAUCUAUCUCAACUUGGUCCUGCUGACAGUUUCCUCAAAACCCUGGUUGACAUUCCAUUUGCAUUCAAAAGAAUGGAAGCUCUGCUUUUCAUGGGCUCAUUUAAAGAGGAGCUUGGAACUACUAUGGAGUCUUUUUACAUUUUGGAGGUUGCUUGUAAGGAACUAAGAAGUAGCCGGCUAUUUCUGAAGCUUCUUGAAGCUGUUCUCAAAACUGGAAAUCGAAUGAAUGAUGGAACUUUCCGUGGUGGUGCUCAAGCAUUUAAACUUGAUACACUUCUGAAAUUGUCUGAUGUAAAAGGAACUGAUGGGAAGACUACACUCUUACACUUUGUUGUUCUAGAGAUUAUCCGUUCUGAGGGCAUAAAAGCCGUCAGAAAGUCCAAAGAUAGCCAGAGUUUGUCUAUUAUUAAAUCAGAUGACCUUCAGGAUAGUAUUCAAGAAACAGAAGAUCACUACCAUGAAAUUGGCCUUCAGGUGGUUUCACACUUGAGCAGUGAACUUGAGAAUGUGAAAAAAGCAGCAGUUCUAGACGCUGACAGUUUAACAGGAACAACUGUUAAACUUGGCGAAGGUCUCGUAAACACGCGAGACUUGAUAAAUAAAAACAUGAAGAAUGUGGAGGAAGACAGGGGCUUUUGUGAGACAGUGAAAAGUUUUGUGCAGAAUGCUGAGGCUAAUGUUAAGAAACUGCUGGAAGAGGAGAAGAAGAUCAUGGCUUUGGUGAAGAACACUGGUGAUUACUUUCAUGGGAAUGCUGGGAAGAAUGAAGGCUUAAGGCUGUUCAUAGUAGUACGGGACUUCUUACUAAUGCUGGAUAAAAUAUGCAAGGAGUUGAUAGACACACAGAAGAAGCAAGCAAAAACGGUAAAACAAGAGAAUCCCCGGGGACAGUCUUCCUCUGAAACACGGCCACCACCUGAUCUUCGACAGCGGCUCUUCCCAGCAAUUGCUGAAAGGAGGAUGAUUGACAUUAGUUCAGAUGAUGAGAGUCCAUAGAUUCAAGUUGAAAGUGAAGGAUGGUUGCAUGUGUUUUUUCAUGAAUGAUGGAAGUGGCAUAUAUUUUUCACUUCUCAAACUAAAUGUCAUAUGUACAGACCUGGCGGGAGCUGUUAUAAAGCAAUGCAAUUGCUUUCUAUCACCAUUGAUGUGCUUCAUAGUUUGAGAUAGCCACUUCUGGAACUAAAGUUUGUGUAGGGUCUUGAUUUUUUCUCUCCAUGAUUCUUUAUUGAAUUUAGUAUGUUAGUGCAUUUAUUUAUUGAAAGGGGCAGGAGAAUGUAGCAUAUUACUUUUCUUUAAUGAACUUCAAAUUGCAUUAUUUUUUAA